AUGGCACCACGCACAUACAACCCAUGCUCCUACCUGCCACGGCGGCUGCAGAUAGUGACCAGCCUGGCGCUAUUUGUCCUUUUCUGCAUAGCCCUAUUCGGCCAAUCCACCGUCGACGUGCCCUAUCGCGAUCAAGUCAAUCAAGGCGCGCGAAAAGUCUCGUCAUACCUACCCAAGACACCGAGUCUCCCCCAAGGCCUGAACAUUUUUAAAUCGCCGGCACAUUCACCACCUCCCGAGCAGGCCAACAGCACCAGCGGCGAGGCACGAUGGUUCUCCGACUGGAAGUGGAUGAAUCCCUUCUCGUCUUCCAUCACCCUCGACGAGAACAGGGCGGUGCUACCCCCUCUAGCAAAAAGACCACCCGUCUAUACAUACUUUGACGCCGAAUGGUACAAAGACGAGACGUCGCUCGAGUCUGUCCACCACCUUCUGCUGAUCUGGAGACGCGCGUGGUGGGCUCAAGGCUUCAAGCCUGUUGUUCUAGGUCGCCCUGAAGCCAUGAACAACCCUCUGUACGCAAAAAUGGCCACUUUGCAGCUGGAAGAUGACCUUAAGACGGACGUCAUGCGCUGGCUCGCAUGGGGCAACAUGGGCACUGGUGUCAUGGCAAACUACGUCGCAUUACCUAUGGCCCCGCAUGACGAUCCUCUGCUUGCUUACUUGCGCCGUGGUGAAUAUCCCCAGCUCACGCGAUACGACGGUCUGGAGAGUGGUCUGUUCGACGGUCCUAAAGAUCAGAUCAACAAGGCCAUUGAACAAGUCCUCAGUGCCAAGAAGCCCAUCAAGGCCAAGUCGGUCAUCGAAAUGCUAGACAAGGAUACCAUCCACGUCGAUAACAACCAGAAAGCCAUCGCCUUCUACUCGAGCAAGAACAUCGCCAAAUACUACAAGCCCAUUGCUGAGAAGCUGGCAUCCGACGACAAGGAAGUGAGCCGUGAAGGCCUGCGUCUGCUACCUCAGCUCAUCAUUUCGCAUCUACACACGACUUGGCAGAACUCGUUCAGCAGCGGCAUCGCCGUCUUGAAGCCCCUACCAGAUCACAUGUUCACCCUGGUCAAACCGGCCAUCGAGCUUGCUCGCAACCUGUCCCAAUGCACGGAAUCACCACAGCCUGCUUCUUGCCCACCAAAUCGCGAGAAGUGUGUUCCCUGCGUAAGCAGCCACCCACUACUUAUCAGUCAGCCCAAGAUGUUCCGCAACACUUCGGAUCUCUUCACCAUCGGCACUGUGCCUCAUCCCUACACCAUGACAUCUCUGCAACAUCAAACAGAUUCCUUGACCAUCCGCUUCAUCCGCCGCACAACAAAACGCGACGAAUGGCUACUAGCCGCAACCAAAGAGUUCUUGGGUACCGGCAUGAGCAGUUUCGCCCGCAUCCCUCACAUCAAAGAUGCAGUUGCCUCCGACUACGGAAGCGCGCGUUCCCUGUGGCUCACGCCCGACAACCUUGCCGAGGAAAACAACGCCCAACUGCAUCGCGAUCUCGCUUGGUCGCUAGGCUUCCCCGUGCCUACCCUCGAAUCCACACUCGACAACGGCCGCUCAGAAACACCCGUGCCAGGCCCUGAACGUCGUCCCCCUGCCCCCAAACCCGAGGGUAAGAUCCCCGAUCCAGUUGAACUUGUGCACGAAGGCACACUGCUCGAAAAAGCAAGAUUGGUGCUCAAGAGCAAAGGUCCCCGCAACAGCAUUCCCAUCAGAGAUGCAGUGGAAGCUUGGAACCUGGCGGACACCGAGGUGUGGAGAUUUGUGCGUGCUUGGAAUGCCAGAAGGACUGUUGAGAGGAGAAAGUGGGAGGAUGAGGAAAAAGCCUAUGCGGGCACUGAAGGCAGCAAAGGUAGUUGGAGUCGUUGGUUCGACAGAGAUUGA